AUGGUCCUCUCUAUAUGCUUGGCUAUACUGGCAGAGGGCAGAGAGUCCCCAGUCUCUUCCGUUUCUCAUGCUGAUAGUGACAAUGGAGAGGAGGAAUCGUGCACGAGCGUGACCCUGCUAAACGGCGGAGACCAGAGUCGGCGACACCGGACAGCGUUCACGCGGGAGCAGCUCGCGCGGCUUGAACAAGAGUAUUGCAAAGAGAGUUACGUGUCACGUGCCAGACGGUGCGAACUGGGGGCGGCCCUUAACCUGCCUGAGACUACCAUAAAGGUCUGGUUUCAAAACAGACGGAUGAAGGAUAAGCGACAGCGCCAUAGUCUGAGCUGGCCUCACCCACUGGACCCAAAUCUUUGUGCCUUUAUGGUGAGCCAGGCAGUGACAGGACUGCCAUACCCACUGCUUCCCCACAUUCCCUUGCAACUGUACUCUCAUCUGGGUGUGGCAGGUAUGCCAUGUCUCGCCGGUCUGUCGAGUCCCUACAGUGCUGGCUGUGUGAGACCACUGAACACUGUACUACUUCCACACUCACCCUACACCAGGAUUGGUGGGCUUCAUUCUCCAGUCCUCUACCCUACAGUGCCCACAGUGCAACAUCCUAAAACCUGUCCCUGCCCCUAUUGUCUCCAUUGGUCUCCACCAGACCAAGUACACAAAGCUAGAGGUGGAGCUGGUCUUGGGUUGAGGUUAGCCAGCAGCUCAGAACCCUCAGUUGCACUAUUAGAUUGCAGAGAAGAAAUACAUAUGCCCCAGUGA